AUGUUGAUCACCUUCAUCAGUUUAGUGGCAACAUUGACAAUCUGGAGCACCAUUGCUUCAGCGCCCUCUACCGCCGUCGCCCCUCAGGAUGGUUUUGGCAGACGGUUGGCUGGCUCCAUUAAAGCUAGCCUCAUGACUAUCGGUGCCUUUGAAGUCACGAAAAGAGCAACGAAAACUGCCGCCUCCACCUAUUGCUCUUACCGUCGCCUAGGAAUUUCUGACAACCUCCCAGACGCCCCCAGGCGUCUCCCGGAAAUUUCUAACCGCCUCCCGGCGACAUACGAAGAAUGGCUCGCAAUCCCUCCGAUCAACUAUGCGCUUCUCUACGACGACCUCGAUGAAGAAGUAGAGAGGCCUCCGACACUCAAUGGACGACCGUUCCCAUGGCACUUACUCAAACGCCAACACUAUGGGACGCCUUGUCGUGCUGCUGAUCCUUCCCCAGGUGCUACUCAUACCCACCGCGUUGACAGAAUCUCGCCCGACAAUUCUUCAGAGAUUCUGUUAGUCUGCGGCUACCUGGGGCUUAUCCUCGCGUCAUUGGCCCUUGGCCGAUGUUUAGGAACCCGUUACCUUGUUCCCGCGAGUGCUAUGGAUAACGGCAAGUUGACCCUCCUCCCUGCCGGAGCUUCACCGGCUCUUCCGCCCCGUGUGGUAACCGGCCUCCGCUUGGAGUUGAGGACGGAGCUUGUGAACGGUUUACCUCUAAUGUGGGACUCCCAACCCUACAUUAGCUCUAUCCCGUUCUACUGGAUUGCUGAGCCAGGGACCCUCCACUUACUGAAACCGCAACCCGAUUACACCACCAAACGGCAGACUGAGACCCGGACUGGACCUCAGACCCAGGCUCUGGUACUUCGACGCCUGGACAACAUCUCGCCGUUCGUCUUGAUUCAAAUUGUUAGACUCCUCGUAUCUGCUCUAGAGAGUGGGAAUUUCGGUUCGCAAGAACCGAAGCCUGAACCUAAACUCGACCUGGCAGCUCCUCUACGGGAACCCAAGAAAAAGCGCAAUCGACCUGGCCAAAAGCAGCGUCGACGCAAAUGGGCAAAAGACAAUAUGAUCGCCUUACAGGAAAGGAAACCACAGGAAGCCGAGGGGAAAUCACAAUCGUGA